GGCAAGCGCGAGGUCGUGAGUUCGAUUCCCGGUAUGGGAAAAAAACAAACAAACAAAAAAAAUUCUGUGGAUCAAAUGAACUAUUUCUUGUCAACCAGCUUUUCCUGAGUACCUUCUAUGUGUAGGGUCAUACGGGCAAAUGAACUCUGAAAACUCACAUUCACAAAUUGGGGAGCGGCAGACACACCUAUGACACAAUUCUGGGUAGGAAUUUCUAAGGAGGCAUCCUGUAUGUGGAGGAAGGAGAGGCUAGCUCUGUAAAGAGCCAGGUGCAGGGAGGAGUUUUCGAGGCAGAAGCCACAGCAGAUACAAAAGUUUGUGGCACUUAGAGAAGACCAUGGGCAGUGAGAAGAGUGCUUGCCUAGCUUGCCUGAGGCCCUGGGUUCUACCCCCAGCACUGCAAACCAGAGGGAAAGAAGGCCAGUUUGAUAGGAGCUUAACAGAGCAGGGAGAGUGGUAGUUGAUGACGUGAGACGUAUAUUUUUAUAUCAACAGCCUAACCCGUAAGCCAAGCAGCUGUUAGGCAAAUCCACAUUCUGGUCUUCAAAGAGCUUGCUCAGAACAGGAGCUGGUUUAGCACUGUCAGCCAGAGGAGCGACAGGGCCUAAUCCUUUCUCCUGCCUUUGGUGCCAAGGACAGGGUAGGGCACAGAGGUUUCAGUAAAGACUUGCUGACGAGGUAUGCAUGAGAACAGGAAGUGCAGGCCUUGUUGAAGGAGGCCCAGGGGAGGCUCUCGUCUCUGGGACACACAUUCUCACGUCGGCGCUGUCACCUCCUCCAACCGACUCAGAGAGCUGGGAGAGUUAGGUGCAGGAAGGGACCAGCCACGGCCCGACCGCACAAACCUCCAGGAGAAUUUCUUCUGAAAACACUUUCAGCCCUAAUGGGCCUCCUCCGGGGCGGGCCCUCGCUGCACUCCCCCACCCUGCGCAAAGGGGCAGGGCCUCGCAGGAGCUCGUGGUGUCUGCAGUACCUGGAUUUGCUCGCCAGGGGCCGCUGCGCACGGGGGACGGAGCGCGCGGAUUCCCAAGCCGCAGGGAGGCGGAAGCCGAUUGGCUGUGAGGUGCGGCGGGAGGGCGGGGCCUGGGAGGUCGGGAGUAGGGGGCUGGGCGCGCGCGCCCCCAGGCCAAAGCUGGUCUGGCCGCUGUCGCCCGAGGCGGCUCCCGGGCGGCUAAGGCGGUGCUGGGGCCUCGGUCAGCCUGACGCUAGAACAGAGCGCAGUGGAGCAGCACCGCGGCCCGGAGGCGCAGGCUGGGUGGCCGCUGUCGCUGUGGCCGUCGCCGCCGCCGCAGGCCUGGGUUACCUGAGCAACUGCGUGUCAGGGGCCCGCCGGCGGGCGGCGCUUAGCGCGGGGUUCCCGGGGGGGAGGGGAGCCCGGGCCGUGACCCUCGGUGCGGGACGGGGU